UUUUCUGCGCUAUUCUCUGUGUCACUUCCCUCCAUAUUUUCUGCAGCAGCUAUCGAACCAGCAGAAAUCCUCCGCCAUGGAAACUACAAAAUUCGAGGGCUGUUGAGCGCCAUAAAUUGUAGUAGAAAGGAAGUUCUGGUAAAAGAAAAAAUAUAUAAUGAAGAUAGUGACGUACAACAUAAACGGCUUAAGGCCUCGCAUCUCCCAGUUCGGCUCCCUGCGUAAGCUUCUCGAUUCCCUCGACGCCGAUAUCAUCUGUUUUCAGGAGACCAAGAUCUCCAAACAAGAACUAAGAGCCGAUUUAGUUAGAGCUGAUGGUUAUGAAUCUUUCUUUUCUUGCAAUCGCAACUUCGACAAAUCCCGCGCUGGUUAUUCUGGUGUUGCGACAUUUUGUCGAGUGAAGUCUGCAUUUUCGAGUGACGAGGUGGCGUUGCCAGUUGCUGCAGAGGAGGGCUUUACUGGGCUUCUUGAGAGUCCUCGAGUAACCGGACCUCAAAAAGAUGAAUGCUCUUCAGCUUUAGAAGGGCUUGAGGAGUUCUCUAGAGAUGAGCUUUUGAAAGUUGACAGUGAGGGGCGAUGUGUCAUCACUGAUCAUAGCCAUUUUGUUCUUUUCAAUGUGUAUGGGCCUCGAGCUGAUUGUGAUGAUACAGAAAGAAUUCAAUUUAAGGGCAUAUUUUUUAAGAUAAUACAGAGAAGAUGGGAAUGUCUUCUACAUCAAGGACGGCGAGUAUUUGUUGUUGGGGACCUCAACAUUGCUCCUACUGCGAUUGAUCGUUGUGAUGCUGGACCAGAUUUUGAGAAUAAUGAGUUUCGGAGGUGGUUUAGAUCUUUGUUGGUGGAAAAUGAAGGACAAUUUGUCGAUGUUUUCAGAACAAAGCAUCCUGACAGAAGAGAAGCCUACACAUGCUGGCCAACAAAUACAGGUGCUGAGGAGUUUAACUUCGGGGCAAGGAUUGACCAUAUUCUUAUUUCUGGAUCAUGCUUACAUGAAGAGUCAGGUCAGGAAGAGCAUAACUUUGUAAGUUGCCAUGUUGAGGACUGUGAGAUUUUGAUCCAAUUCAAGCGGUGGAAACCUGGAAACACACCCAGGUGGAAAGGAGGAAGAAGCAUUAAAUUGGAAGGUUCGGACCAUGUUCCUGUCUGUGUGAGUUUGGAAGAAAUCCCUAGUGUUCCACCACAUGGUGCUCCUUCAUUAUCUACUAGAUACUGCCCCCAGGUCUACGGAUGUCAGCAAACACUAGUGUCGAUGUUAACAAGGAAACAAUCGGCUGAGAGUUUUAAGAAUUCUGAAGAGUCAAGCUCAUUUUUAGAAGCUCAUGACUGCUCUGAAGGCUCAGCACGUCAGCGUUCCUGUAGCACAACUUUUUGUUUGGGUAGCAAUCUUGCAAAAGCAGGGCCUCACGUGGAAACCAGGAAGAAAGCAAGACAAAGUCAGUGGUCUCAGCUCUCACUCAAAUCAUUCUUCCAGAAAAGUUCCAGUCACAGUGAGACUUUUGCGAGAUCCACCAAUGACAUCAAGCUUAGUAGGACAGAUGUCUCUGCUUCUUUCUGUUGUUCCAACAGCUCCCCAGUACACGUUGAAGUGAGUAGCAACCCAAAGGAUUGCAUAGCAGAUGUCUCUGCAUCCAGUCCAGCAGACAAUGGGUGUGAUACAAUAGCAGACUGCCAACUUUCAGUAAAAGAAAAGUCUAAUGUUGCCUUAUUGGAGUGGCAAAGGAUACAACAGCAUAUGCAGAACAGUAUACCUCUUUGCAAGGGCCAUAAUGAACCUUGCGUUGCUCGAGUUGUGAAGAAAGCUGGCCCUAACUUGGGCCGCAGAUUUUAUGUCUGCGCUCGCGCUGAGGGGCCUGCAUCUAAUCCUGAAGCAAACUGUGGGUAUUUUAAGUGGGCUGCUUCAAAUUCCAAGCACAAACGGUGAUGUUGACUGAACUCGUGGUCAGGCUGUGUCGAGAAUGAAACCGUCUUAACAUUUGCUUAUUCUUCACUGCCUUACUGAUGAAGUUCCAAGUAUCAGGAUUCUGCUUCCCUGUAGGAUCUUGUACCAUCAUCUUUUUGAGAGAAAAAUCAACUUAGAAUUUGUCCUCUUCCAUACCGGAUCAAGAUUUCAUGUUGGUUUAUUUAUUAGUGAAGAUUGAAGUUUUAGAGUUCUUGAAUUCAAAUCUUACCAGAUUGUAUAUAGUAUUUGUGUUAUGCUACCAAGUGAUGGGGAACUGGAGAUUCAAUUGAAUCUCUUCUAUUGGUUCCAUAAAUAUGAAUCUAGACGUUUUUGGUACUCUAA